UUUCAGUAUUCAAUAUGGUCGCAAAGAAAACGGUCGUAAAAAUGAAAAAAAUUAAGUCUUUCAGCGUUUUGUGCGCUAAAGGAGUACUAAUUAUUUUAAACGUGUGCUGCAUUUUUAUAGCUAUAUGUACAUUCGUUUUCGCGGUGGCAGACUCCCGAGUGCUAAAGCAGUAUGGUGAGGAAACUGCAGCUGAUACCUAUAUCGGAGACAUCGUGGUGAUUUUCAUCUGUUGGCUUGGUCUAUCAGUUGCCAUCUUUGGCCUUGUUGGGACGAUGAGGAACAACGUUAAGAUACUAUAUUUAUACAUCGGAUUAUUAAUGAUAUUGAUGGUAAUUGGGCUUCUUGUUGUGAUUUUCGUGGGUGUGCAACGGUACAGUCUUGAAUUUAGGGUCAUAGAGUGGCUUCAAGAAGAUUUCUUCAAGAAAAAUAUUGAUGAAACGCACUGGAAACUAUGGGACCAGCUGCAAACUGCUUACAAAUGUUGUGGCUUAAAUGGACCAGAGGAUUAUCAUGCUAUGGGCCAACAUGUGGCCAUCUCCUGUUGCCCAAAAGCGUAUAAAACUAAAACGGAGUACGCUCAGAUGAUGCUGUACAAUGCUUGCUUAGAAGCUUCUAGCUAUUUCCCUGAAGGAUGUGAAGACGAGAUUCUUGCUGUACUUCGUUCUAACGCUGAAUGGCUUCAGGGUGUUGCUAUGACUUGCUUCUGGUUUGAGGCAAUUGGGAUGCUGUUAGCGAUGUGGGUGGCAAAUAAUGUCAAAAAUAGAGUACACGUUUAUAAACAAAAUGUCAUGUAUUAAAUGAUUAAAACUGU